UCUACAUUACGUGUUUUUUUAUUUUUUAUUUUUAACGGCCAACAAAAUUGUUACAUAAUAUAAUGCCAUAUAAGAUAACUGGCAUACAUGGUUGGACUCUCUGACACAUACAAUCAAUUUUAAGUUGCAACUUUAUUAAUUACUUCUUCAUAUCACCCACUCUUACCUCAGAAUGGAGCAUUUGAAAUCUCCGUUCCGAGGGAUUGCAGGUGAUGUUAGAGGGCGUUCGUUGUGCUACAAACAGGAUUGGAUUGCCGGUUUUCGCUCUGGAUUUGCAAUAUUAGCUCCAACUACAUACAUCUUUUUUGCUUCCGCUCUACCUGUAAUUGCAUUUGGAGAGCAACUUAGCCGAGAUACAGAUGGAAGCUUGAGUACCGUUGAAACUUUGGCCUCUACGGCUAUUUGUGGUCUCAUUCACUCGAUAUUUGGUGGACAACCUCUUCUUAUACUGGGAGUUGCUGAACCUACUAUUAUAAUGUACUCUUACUUGUAUAAAUUUGCUAAAGGGAGGGAAGCUUUGAGGCAGGAGCUAUUCUUGGCCUGGACUGGAUGGGUAUGCACUUGGACAGCUUUGAUGUUGUUUCUUCUGGCAGUAUUCAAUGCUAGUGUUAUUAUCAAUAGGUUUACGAGGAUUGCAGGGGAAACUUUUGGGAUGUUAAUUUCUGUUCUUUUCAUUCAAGAAGCCAUCAAGGGACUAGUGAGCGAAUUCAAGGUUCCUAAAAAUGAGGACGCUAAUAAUGAGAAGUUUCAAUUUCAAUGGCUUUACACCAAUGGUCUGCUGGCAAUUGUAUUCUCAUUUGGCCUUUUAUACACUGCAUUGAAGAGUAGGAAAGCAAGAUCAUGGUGGUUUGGAACAGGUGAACUCAGAAGUUUCAUAGCAGACUAUGGUGUCCCAUUGAUGGUUGUAGUGUGGACAAUACUCUCAUUCAGUGUACCAAGCAACAUCCCUUCUGGAGUUCCAAGAAGGCUCUUUAGCCCACUCUUAUGGGAACCUGAAUCCACAUACCACUGGAGCGUAAUCAAGGAUAUGGGCAGAGUUCCCCCGGCUUACAUCUUCGCGGCUAUCAUCCCAUCUCUUAUGAUUGCCAGUCUUUAUUUCUUCGAUCAUAGUGUUGCUUCACAAAUGGCUCAGCAAAAAGAGUUUAAUCUCAAGAAUCCUUCAGCCUACCAUUAUGACAUUUUUUUACUUGGAUUCAUGACCUUACUUUGCGGAUUACUUGGUCUACCUCCUUCAAACGGUGUGUUGCCUCAGGCACCGAUGCACACUAAAAGCCUAGCUGUUCUAAAAAAACAGUUUAUCAAGAAGAAAUUGGUAGAGAGUGCCAAGGAAAGCAUAAAGCUUAAAGCUAGCAGUACUGAAAUUUACAACAAGAUGCAAAAUGUGUUCAUAGAAAUUGAUCAAUCUUCAACUACAACUGCAGUAGUUAAUGAACUGAAAAACUUGCAAGAAGCUGUCAUGAAAGUUGAAGAUGGAAAGGAAAGCACCACGGGGAAAUUUGAUCCUGAGGAACACAUUGAUGCUCAUUUACCCGUGCGAGUUAAUGAGCAAAGGGUCAGCAAUCUACUGCAGUCACUUCUUUUAGCAGCAUCUAUAUGCGCUAUGCCUCUUAUCAAGUUAAUACCUACCUCAGUUCUUUGGGGAUAUUUUGCUUACAUGGCUAUUGACAGCCUCCCCGGAAACCAGUUUUGGGAAAGGAUCUUACUUCUUUUUGUCCCGUCUGGCAGAAGAUACAAGGUUUUCGAGAAGGUGCAUGCUUCGUUUGUUGAGUUUGUGCCCUUUAGAAGCAUAGUUAUAUUCACAAUGUUCCAGAUUGUCUAUUUCCUUGUUUGUUAUGGUGUGACAUGGAUUCCUACGGCUGGCAUUCUCUUUCCCAUGCCCUUCUUCCUUCUCAUUGUGAUACGACAACACAUUCUACCAAAGUUGUUCCAACCGCACCAUUUAAGGGAACUGGAUGCAGCCGAGUAUGAGGAAAUUGUGGGUGGUCCAUCACGUGCUCCCAGCUUUAAUCUCAGGGAAACUGAUCAUGCUGGUGGUGGGAGUACCGAAGGUGAUAUCUGUGAUGCUGAAAUACUAGAUGAACUGACUACAAGUAGAGGAGAGCUGAAGGUUCGAAAUCUAAGCUUUAAAGAAGAUAGACGCACUCAGCAAGUCUACCAUGGUGAUCAAAUUCAGCCUGAGUGAAAGAUCACCGAUUUUAGUAAUAGACUAAUAGAUACUAAAAGCUGCAUUUGGGGUUAAAAUGUUAAAUAUGCUGCAGGACUGCAUGCAGGAGUACUAAAACUUGGUCCAAAGGCCCAAUGAAACAUUGCAGCUAAAAAGACAAGUAUUGGGGAUCAAGCCCAAAAAAGUCGAUUACUUUGAUUUGACCAUACUCGAUGUCGAUGCAGGGCCUAUUAUGAUUUUGUCGUUAAAGUGAUACUUUGAAUUGAUUCGCUAGUAUUUGAAUCCGUGAAAUAAUACUUAUAUAAUGUACACAUAA